CAGCGUUUUGUUCGUAAGGUUUCGAAAAAGUUGUUGAAAAAUGUUUGGACAGAUGUUGUCACCUAGCUUUUUUACAAUUAUCACCUCCAAUUUGAGAACUGAAGGAUGCUAGUUAAUCCAGCUAAAGCUUUGACAAAACAGUCUUAUCGAUUUGGGUGGUUUUAUACCAGCAAAUACUCAAGUUAUCUUUCGUCCUGGCUACUGCUUCAAUGAUGGCCCAGUUUCAACUUUUCGUGAUGUUUAUUGUGUUUAGAACUUGUCACGGAGCGUUACAAUGCAAACAUGUUGGCUGUGGUGAAUCGACCAGCAGGUAUACAGAACCGUACGAAUCGCAAAGUGUUACAGACGAAAUCCCGUAUAUGAUUUCUCCAGAAGAUUUCUAUUACAAGUUUGUGGCCAAGCAUAGACCACUUGUUUUGAGAAAGACGGCGACCAACUGGCCUGCAAACAAGAUAUGGACAGAAAAAUACCUCAUCCAGGCCUUGAACAAAUUAGGAUCACAGGUUUUAGCUACAAAGAGAAUCCAAGACUUCCCUUUUGGUCCUAAACUUCACAUGCCAGUUGAAGAAUUCUUCGUAAGAUCUGUACAAGAUGAUUUGACACUUUGUGAUAAACCAACAUCCCAGAUGCUUAACGACAUUACAGCUCCCCUUUGUUUGCGAUGCCAGCAGUUUCUGAAGAACAUGAAAGUCCAAUAUUGGUUGCGGCGUUACCAAAGCAAAGCAUCAAUGCCAUUGUUUUUCCAUCCAGAUGAACAACUGCUUACUGUUGUCAAUGGAAGUGCAAAAGUGACUCUAGUCUCACCAUUAUAUUCUGAAAAACUCCCUUUCGAUGAUAAAGAGUUAAUGGUAAUUUCCAGCGUUAAUCCAGAUAUUCUCUCAAAGCUCUCAUCUGGAGGUAUUCCACACUUGACUGUAGAACUUCACAAGGGCGACAUGCUUUACAUUCCUCAAAUGUGGUGGCAACAUAUAACGUUAUCAGCUGAUAACAACCUGCUUGUCCAGUUUUCAUGGCCCUCACAAAUGCAGACAAAUUCUUAUCCAAAGUCAUCGUCUGAAUCAAAAGACAAACAACUUAAUAUGCAAGCACUGUUAAGAGGUUUGCUCAGAAAAUAUGAAGAGAGAUUAUUGAUGAUGGAUGUGCCACUUCUUGAUUGCCCUCAACAAGACAAAAGGAUGAGUGACUUCACAUUUGAAACAGGAAAGAUGACUCCCGAAGAAUACCAGGCAAUACACAAUGGUCCUGACUUUACUGAGGAAGAGGUCUGCAACUUUGAUAUGAGUAACCAAAAGAGCCCAUGUCAUUUUGGGUCUUGUUUUGAAGACCCUGAGGCUCCUACUUGCAUUCGGUACAUUCUAGAGUAUUGCAGUCGCUGGGAAGAUCGAGGCUGUACCAUUGAGCUGCCACAACUGUUAAACAAGGUGGACAACUAUACAAUGGAACGGAUUACCAACAUGAAAUCUCCAUAUCUACAUGUAAAUUAAAUUAUUUUAUUAACUGAAUUCCUAAUAUACCAUCCAGGGCCAGGUUGUUCCAAAGCCUGUUAAUGCUAACCCAGGAUUAAAAGCUAUUCAACUCUUGGAACCUAUCUUUUAUUACAUUUUUCUGAGACAGUGGUCAUGAUAGUGUUAAAUCCCAGAUAGUAGAUAUUGUAACCAUGGAUGAGGUUGCAAAAAGAACUGAACAGUAUGGCUUGGUUCACACUAGCAACAUAAUGAAAUAACAGCUAGCAUAAUGACACAACAACUUAAUUGUUUAUGUCGGUAAUGUAAAC